AUGAAGAAAGGUCCUCAGCAGAAAGUUCCCAAAACAACGAUGCCACCGUCAUCUCCCUCUCCCAGUCCAUCUUCUCUUACGUCCAAUAUGAGGUCUAGGUCACUUUCACCGUUAAACGGAUCCAAGACUCUGCCUUUUCAUUCUGGAAGACAGUGGUAUGAGCAAGUCGAGAUUGUAGGUGAAAACACUAUGCUCUUGGACUACCAUGACCAGAAAGAAGCUGAUUCACAUGCAGGAGUUCGAUAUAUUACAGAAGCCCUUGUUAAAAAACUUACUAAACAGGAAAAUUUGGCCUUGAUAAAAUCUCUGAACCUUUCACUUUCCAAAGAUGGUGGCAAGAAAUUUAAGUAUAUCGAAAAUUUGGAAAAAUGUACUAAGCUUGAAAUACUGAAUCUCAGCCAUAACCUAAUAGGGAAGAUUGAGAAGGUGGACAAGCUGUUAAAAUUACGUGAACUCAACCUAUCAUAUAAUAAAAUCUGCAAAAUUGAAGGCAUAGAAAAUAUGCACAAUCUACAAAAGCUGAACCUUGCAGGAAAUGAAAUUGAACAUAUUCCAGUGUGGUUAGGGAAGAAGUUAAAAUGUUUGCAAGUCCUCAAUCUGAAAGCCAACAAGAUAUCAUCGCUCCAAGAUGUAAGCAAAUUGAAGCCACUUCAAGAUUUGACUUCUCUGAUCCUAGCUGAAAAUCCAGUUGUGACCCUUCCCCAUUACCUUCAGUUCACCGUUUUUCACCUCCGAUCGCUGGAAAGUUUGGAGGGUCAGCCAGUAACUGCUCGGGACAGGCAAGAAGCUGUGGAGAGGCUCAGUUUAGAAGAGGUAGAAAGACUGGAAAGAGACCUGGAGAAGAAGAUGAUGGAAACUGAAGAGCUUAAAAGCAAACAAGCACGGUUCCUUGAGGAAAUAAAAAAUCAAGAUAAAUUGAACAAAUCAUUAAAAGAGGAGGCUAUGCUACAAAAAAAGAGCUGUGAGGAGCUCGAGAGUAACCUUAACACGAAAAAUGAACUGCUAAGACAGAAGACCAUGGAACUAACUCGAGCAUGUCAGAAACAGUAUGAACUGGAACAGGAGUUGGCUUUUUAUAAAAUUGAUGCUAAAUUUGAGCCACUAAAUUAUUAUCCCUCAGAGUAUGUUGACAUUGAUAAAGCCCCAGAUGAAAGCCCUUAUAUUGGCAAGUCCAGAUAUAAGAGAAAUAUGUUUGCCACAGAGAGUUACAUUACGGAUAAUGCCCAGUCAGUUGAGAUCAAGAGGAUGGAGCCAGAGGAAGGGGAGCAACUUAGAAACGAGCAUGUGAACUUGAAAGCCCAUAUGCCACUGGACACACAGCUGGAAGACAAAGAGAACAAAAUAAGUACAGCACAAGCUCGACUAUCAGAACUGCAUGGUGAAAUAGAAAAGGCGGAACAACAAAUUUUAAGAGCCACUGAAGAAUUUAAACAACUAGAAGAAGCUGUACAACUUAAAAAAAUUUCAGAAGCAGAGAAAGACUUUCUUUUCAAGCAGCUGAGUGGCAGGAUACAACUUCUAAAUAAAUUACGCCAGGAAGCUCUUGAUCUAGAAAUGCAAAUGGAAAAGCAAAGAGGAGAAAUUGCUGAAAAGCAGGAGGAGAUCAAGGACCUCCAAAGAGUUAUUGAUAGUCUGGAUUCCGAAGACCCAAAACAUUGCCAUAUGAAGGCUCAGAAAAGGGGUAAAGAUCAACAACUUGGCGUUAUGAACCAGCAGUACAGACAGCUUGAGAGCCGUUUGGACGAGAUACUUUCUAGAAUUGCUAAAGAAACCGAAGAGAUUAAGGACCUUGAACAACAGCUUACUGAAGGCCAGAUAGCAGCAAAUGAAGCCCUGAAGAAGGACUUAGAAGGCAUCAUCAGUGGGCUGCAGGAAUACCUGGGGACUGUUAAGGGCCAGGCCGCUCAGGCCCAGAACGAGUGCAGAAGGCUGCAGGAUGAGAAAGAGGUGUUGCUGCAAAGGUUGACCGAGGUCGAGCAGGAAAGGGACCAACUGGAAAUAGUUGCCUUAGAUGCAGAAAAUAUGAGGAAGGAGCUUGCAGAACUAGAAAGUGCCCUGCAAGAGCAGCAUGAGGUGAAUGCAUCCCUGCAGCAGACCCAAGGAGAUCUCAGUGCCUACGAGGCUGAGUUAGAGGCUCAGCUAAAAAUGAGGGAUGCUGAAGCCAGCCAGCUCAAAGAAGAGCUGGGAAAACUAACAAGGCUCAGCCAGCUGGAACAGUCAACUCUACAAACAGAACUUGAGAAAGAAAAACAAGCCCUCAAGAACGCCCUGGGAAAAGCCCAGCUCUCAGAAGAAAAAGAACAAGAAAACAGUGAGCUCCGCACCCAGCUUAAACAGCUGCAGGAUGACAAUAACCUGUUAAAACAGCAACUUAAAGAUUUCCAGAAUCACCUUUAUCAUGUAGCUGAUGGUUUGAUUCGUCCAGAAGAAGUGGCAGCUCGUGUAGAUGAACUAAGGAGAAAACUGAAAUCAGGAGCUGGAGAGAUGAGAAUCCACAGUCCUUCAGAUGUCUUGGGGAAAAGUCUUGCAGAAUUGCAGAUACAAUUCAGUGAAAUGCUGACACGUUCCCAGCGGGAGAAAGAGGAAGCCCAAGGGAGGGAAAGAAAACUCCAAGAAGAAAUGGCUCUGCACCAGGAGAAGCUGGCCGAGGGACAGGAGGCGUUCCGGCAGGCCUGUGAGAGCGUGCUUGGAGCCAGGAUUAAUUUUGACAAGAGGCAACACGAAGCAAGAAUUCAGCAGUUAGAGAAUGAGAUUCACUAUUUACAAGAAAAUCUAAAAAGUAUGGAGGAAAUCCAAGGCCUUACAGAUCUGCAACUGCAGGAAGCUGAUGAAGAGAAGGAGAGAAUUCUAGCCCAACUCCAGGAGCUAGAGAAGAAGAAGAAACUUGAAGAUGCCAAAUCUCAGGCGCAGGUUCUGGGUUUAGAUAAAGAACUGAAGAAACUAAAGAAGGCUGUGGCCGCCUCUGAUAAGAUAGCCACGGCUGAGCUCACCAUCGCCAAAGACCAGCUCAAGUCCCUUCAUGGAACCGUUAUGAAAAUUAACCAGGAGCGUGCAGAGGACCUGCAGGAGACAGAGCGGUUCAGCAGAAAGGCAGCGCAGGCCGCGAGGGAUCUGACCCGAGCAGAAGCGGAGAUCGAACUACUGCAGACUCUCCUCAGGGAGAAAGAGGAGCAGCUUCGAAUUGAGAUGGAGAAAGUAGAGGUAGGCACCCGAGGAGCAAGCUCACAGGUGCUGGAAAUCGAGAAGCUGAAUGAGGCCAUGGAAAAACAGAGGAGAGACAUCGCGAGGCUGCGGAACUUACUGGACCUCACCGGGGCUGAUAACAGAGGAGGCAUUGAAAAUAUUUUGGAAGAAAUUGCUGAACUCCGAUGUGAAGUUUCUUACCACAAUGAUUACAUCAGCAGCAUGGCAGAUCCUUUCAAAAGACGAGGCUAUUGGUACUUUAUGCCACCACCAUCAUCAAAAGUUUCCAGCCACAGUUCCCAGGCCACUAAGGACUCUGGUGUCGGGCUGAAAUAUGCAGCCUCGACUCCCAUUAGAAAACCACAGCAGGAUGGGAAGGAAGACGGUGCCCCUCCAGCUGCCUCAGGAUACUGGGUUUAUUCUCCCAUCAGAAGCGGGUUACAUAAAUCGUUUGCAAAUAAAGAUGCAGACAGUGGAGGAGAGAGCCACGAGGAGAGCGAGCCAGAUGACCGCGACGACCACCCGUUCGUGCCUCCUCCGGGAUACAUGAUGUACACCGUGUUCCCCGACGGCUCUCCUGUUCCACAGGGCAUGGCCGUCUACGCACCGCCGCCUCCCUUACCCAACAACAGCCAACCUCUCACCCCUGGCACUGUUGUGUAUGGCCCGCCUCCUGCUGGUGCCCCCAUUGUAUAUGGGCCUCCACCCCCCAACUUCUCCGUCCCCCUCAUCCCAGUGGGCGUGCUGCACUGCAACGUCCCGGAGCACCACAACUUAGAGAAUGAGGUUUCUAGAUUGGAAGACAUAAUACAGCAUUUAAAAUCAAAGAAGGAGGAACAGAGGAUGAGAGUAUCCAAGCGGCAGUCUGAGAAAGAAAUAGAAGAACUGCAUCAUAAUAUUGAUGAACUUUUGCAAGAGAAGAAAGACUUAGAGCACGAAGUAGAAGAAUUACAUAGAACCAUCCAGAAACAUCAACAGCGAAAAGACUUCAUUGAUGGAAAUGUUGAGAGUCUUAUGAAUGAGCUAGAAAUAGAAAAGUCACUCAAGCACCAUGAAGAUAUUGUAGAUGAAAUUGAGUGCGUGGAGAAGACGCUCCUGAGACGUCGAGCAGAGCUCAGGGAGGCCGACCGACUGCUGGCGGAAGCCGAGAGUGAACUCUCACGCACAGCGGAGAAGACAAAAAAUGCUGUUGAAAAGUUCACUGAUGCCAAGAGGAAUUUGCUGGAGACUGAGAAAGAUGCUGAGGAGUUAGAAAGGAGAGCUCAGGAGACAGCUGUUAACCUUGUCAAAGCUGGCCAGCAGCUCAGAUUGUUGCAGGCUGACACCAAGGGUUUGGAGCAGCGCAAAAUCGAGCAAGAAGAAAUCUUGAAAGAGAUAAGCAAAGUUGUUGUAGCCAAAGACUCAGACUUCCAGUGUUUAAACAAGAAGAAAGAAAGACUAACAGAAGAGCUGCAGAAGCUGCAGAAAGACAUCGAGACAGCAGAACGCACUGAGGAUCAUCACCUGCAGGUCCUGAAAGAGUCGGAGGCCCUCCUGCAGGCCAAGAGAGCGGAGCUGGACGAGCUGAAGGGCCAGGUAACAGGUCAGCAGCAGGAGAUGGCUGUCUUGGACAGACAGUUGGGGCAUAAGAAGGAGGAGCUGCAUCUACUCCAGGGAAGCAUGGUCCAGGCAAGAGCUGACCUCCAGGAAGCGCUGAGAUUGGGAGAAAGUGAAGUGACUGAGAAGUGCAGUCACAUCAGGGAACUAAAAGGUCUUUUGGAAGAACUGAGUUUUCAGAAAGGAGAACUGAAUGUCCAGAUUAGUGAGAAAAAAAAUCAACUUUCACUUCUAAAGCAAGAAAUUGAAAAAGAGGAAGAAAAUCUUCAGGUAGUUUUAGGGCAGAUGUCUAAACAUAAAACUGAACUUAAGAAUAUUCUGGACAUGUUGCAACUUGAAAACAAUGAGCUGCAAGCGUUGAAGCUACAACAUGACCAAAAGAUGUCUGAGUUAGAGAAGAUUCAUGUUGAAGUGCUGGAGGAGAAACUGGAGUUGGAGAAUUUGCAGCAGACAGCUGUGCGGCAGAAAGGGGAGAUGGAGUGGCAGAAGCAGCUCUUAGAGAGGGACAAGCGAGAGGCUGAGCGGAUAACUGCUGAGGCCCGAGCAUUGCAGCUGUGUGUUGAGUCUUUGUGCAAACAAAAGGAAGAUCUUGAGGAGAAAUGUGACAGCUGGGAGAAGAAGCUGGCACAGGCCAAACGGGUUUUCGCAGCCACAGAAGAGAAUAGCAAAGCAAAGCAAUCAGACUUAGAAAAGUUGGAAUUGGAUAUCAGAAAACUGCAACAGGAACUAGACCAACUAAACAGAAACAAACUCUCACUGCACAAAGACAUGGCAGCCCUGCAGCAGCAGCUCCACGAGAAGCGAGAAGCAGUAAACUCAUUACAGGAGGAACUAGCUGACGUCCAAGACCAUUUGAACCUAGCAAGACAGGACCUGCUCCACACCAGCAAGCGCCAGGAUGUCCUGCUCGGCGAGCAGGCCAGGCUGCAGGAGGACCUCCAGGAACGCGUGAAGAAGCUGGAAGUCUGCCAGAAAGAAGAGGAAAGGAAACAACAGCACCUGCAAGCGCUCCAGAGCGAGGUGGAGGAGAAGGAGAGCGAGCUGGCCCGACAGGAGACGACAUUUCAGAGACUCCAGAAAGAGAGAGAAAAUGAAGAAAAAAAGUUAGAAGCCAGUAGAGCGACCCUGCAGGAGCAGCAGCAGCAGCUGGAGAAGGAAAUAGCAGACCAGAGGAGCACGCUGGACCAGGUGCUCAGCGAGGUGCUGGGGGCUGAGGAGCGCGUCAGGACUCUGCAGGAGGAGGAGAGGUGGGGUGAGGCCCUGGAGAAGACGCUCUCCCAAACCCAACGACAGCUCUCCGAACGGGAGCAGCAGUUGUUGCGAAAGUCAGCUGAGCUGCUGGCUCUUCAGAAGGAGGCGGACUCUAUGAGGGCAGACUUCAGCCUCUUGCGAAACCAGUUCUUGACAGAGAGAAAGAAAGCUGAGAAGCAGGUAGCCAGCCUCAAGGAAGCGCUCAAGACCCAGCGCAGCGAGCUGGAGAAGAACCUUCUCGAGCAGAAGCAGGAGAACAGCUCCAUGCAGAAGGAGAUGGCGACCAUCGAGCAGGUGGCGCAGGACAACCACGAGCGGGCCCGGCGCCUGAUGCGGGAGCUCAGCCAGAUGCAGCAGGAGUACGCAGAGCUCAAGAAGCAGAUGGUAAACCAGAAAGAUCUGGAAAGAAGACAAAUAGAAAUCAGUGAAGCAAUGAGGAUACUUAAGUCUGAAGUGAAAGAUGAAAUAAGAGCCAGCCUAAAGAACCUCAACCAGUUUCUCCCAGAACUGCCAGCAGACCUGGAAGCCAUUCUGGAACGGAACGAACACCUGGAAGGAGGCUUGGAGAGCUUGAAAGAAAACUUUCCAUUCGCCCUCAGUGAGAAACCAUCACCUUUUGAAGAGAAACUGAAUUUUUCUCACGUUCACAUAAUGGAUGAACACUGGCGUGGAGAAGCUCUCCGGGAGAAACUGCGUCACCGUGAAGAUCGACUCAAGGCCCAGCUCCGAAACUGCAUGUCCAAGCAGGCGGAAGUGUUAAGCAAAGGGAAGCGGCAGACGGAGGGCACGCUACACAGCCUGAGGAGACAGGUCGAUGCCCUGGGGGAGCUGGUCAGCAGCACGUCUGUGGACUCCAUGUCAUCAGCCACCCUGUCUCAGCUCGAGUCUUCCCUGGCAGAGGACUCCCGUCUUGGACCAAGUCAGAGCUCCUUCCAUCAAGUCCUACAAGGUCCAUCACAGUCAGUAGACAGUUACCGGCACUGA